AAGCAGGUAAACCUGACGGUGUUCACGCUGCCGGAGCCCCGUGAUGUGGUGUGGUGUGGGGGAGGAUAGCAGCUACCAGCACAGAUAAACACUCAGCACUGGUUUUUUUUUUUUGCACAGCAGGAGUAACAUGGCGGCACAGCCAGCCAGCAGAGAUGUUGUUUCACUACCGCGAAGGUCAGAGCGGCGUCUGAUAAACGGGAUUUAACACCGAGGAAAGCACCACAUCCAGGGAGACGUGGAUGAUGCUUAGAGGUUUCCCGGCAUUACCGUCUUGCAGCAAUGGCCUGAGGGACUCUCUGGACUGAAACCAAGGCGCUGAUAUGCAUUGAGGAUGAGUGGAGUCGGUGAAAACCCAUCUGACCCUGCCAGGGCAGAGUCACGAAAACGCAAAGAAUGUUCUGCCGAACUUCUGGGACCCAGUCCAAAGCGGAGCAACGAGAAACGCAACCGCGAGCACGAGAACAAAUACAUCGAAGAGCUCGCCGAGCUGAUCUUUGCCAACUUCAACGACAUCGACAACUUCAAUGUCAAGCCUGACAAAUGUGCAAUCCUGAAGGAAACUGUGAAACAGAUCAGACAGAUAAAGGAGCAAGAAAAAGCUGCAGCAGCGAAUGAGGAGGAGGUACAGAAGGCCGAUGUCUCAUCAACAGGCCAAAGUGUGAUUGACAAAGAUGCCUUGGGACCAAUGAUGCUGGAGGCCCUGGACGGCUUCUUCUUUGUGGUGAACAUGGAGGGUAACAUCGUGUUUGUGUCUGAAAAUGUGACCCAGUACCUGCGCUACAACCAGGAGGAGCUCAUGAACACCAGUGUCUACAGCGUGCUGCACGUCGGGGAUCACGCCGAGUUCAUCAAGAACCUGCUGCCCAAAUCUCUCGUGAAUGGCGUCCCAUGGUCCAGUGAGGGUCCGAGGAGGAACAGUCACACAUUCAACUGCCGGAUGCUGGUCAAUCCCCACAGCGACAACCAGGACGAGCUGCACGAGCACGAGCCUCAGCAGCAGAAAUAUGAGACCAUGCAGUGUUUCGCCGUAUCGGAGCCCAAGUCCAUCAAGGAGGAAGGAGACGACUUUCAGUCAUGCCUGAUCUGUGUGGCUCGCAGGGUGCCCAUGAAGGAACGACCUAUGCAUCCCACGCAUGAGAGCUUCACCACACGGCAAGACCUGCAAGGUAAGAUAACGUCCCUGGAUACCAGUCUGCUGCGGGCGUCCAUGAAGCCGGGCUGGGAGGAUCUGGUGAGGCGCUGCAUCCAGAGGUUCCACCUCCAGAACGACGGAGAGAUGUCUUUUGCCAAGAGACAUCAGCAGGAAGUGCUCCGCCACGGCCAGGCGUUCAGCCCCAUCUACCGCUUCUCCCUCUCUGACGGAACCAUCGUGUCGGCCCACACCAAGAGCAAACUGGUGCGCUCGCCCGCCACCAAUGAACCCCAGCUCUACAUGUCCCUGCACAUUCUUCAGAGAGAGCAGACAGUAUGUGGAAUGGCCCAGGACAUGGGUCCUGGCAGUCAGGCCACAGGGAUGGCUCCCAAACCGAUGAAUUCCUCCACUCCCUCCAUGACUCCUCCAACCCCAGGCAGUUUGCCAGGUUCAGGGCCCCAGGGCCAAGACACUACCAUCAGCAGCAACAGCACGCCUUUUUCCUCUCAAGGCCCUGCUGGUCCCAGAGAACCGGCAGCCAUGGGGGGCCACAUGCAGGGCUACCGUUUUGGCUGUCCCCCGCCACACAACCACACGGGGGGCAUGCAGCCGCCACAGCAGGGCCCCAACUGGAGGAUGAACAGCCCCUCUCGCGCUAGCCCCAGCCCAGCCGGCGGACCCCAUCCACCUCAACAGAACUCUAUGCUGUCUCCCAGACACCGAGGUAGCCCUGGGGGGGCAGGCAGCCCUCGUGUAGCAGGAGGCCUGCACUCACCCUCCCCGGUGGGGAUGUGUGGUGGAGGGCCUGGAGGUGCAGGUAGUAGUAGCACGGCUAGCCCCCAUGCUAACAGCUACACCAGUAGUUCUCUGUCAGCUCUGCAGGCCCUAAGUGAGUGCCACGGUGUAGGACAUGGGCAUGGGGCCCCUCAUGCACACACACUAGGGUCCCCUGACCGAAAGAUAGGCUCCCCAGCUGGGGUCACACCAGGGUCAGGGGUGAACAGUCAUCUGAUGUCAAAACUUGGAGGAGGCAGUGGUACUGGUGGUGUUACAGGAGACUCAUUUGGACCUCACACAGAGGUUGGUCAGGGCCACACUCAGGGCCAGACAGAGAGCAACCUAGCUGAGCCUAAGGAGGAGAGGGAAGGGCCCCCUGAGGGCCACGACGCUCACAAUCGUCUUCAUGACAACAAGGGCCACACCAAGCUACUGCAACUGCUCACCACCAAGCCAGAGCCUCUGGAGACGCCCCUGUCCCCCGGCGCUGGAGGUGAGGGUAAGGACCAGGCAGGGACCGGGGUCCGGGGUGGCCUCGGUGGAGGGAACACUCAUGCCACAUCACUUAAGGAUAAACACAAGAUCCUCCACCAACUGCUCCAGAACAGUACAUCUCCAGUAGACCUGGCUAAACUCACUGCAGAGGCCACAGGCAAAGAGCUGGGCCAAGACCAAAGCCAGGGGGCUGGUAGUGCUUCUGGGGCAGAAAUCUCUCUUAAGCAGGAGCCCUUGAGCCCUAAGAAGAAGGACAACGCUCUGCUACGCUACCUACUGGAUAAGGAUGACACUGGACAGAAGGACAAGGUACCUAAGCUAGAGCCUGGGGAGGUGAAGGUUGAAGGCGGCAAACACCCUCUCGUGAAGACGGAGAAGCAAGACACGGGAUACGACCGGGCUGAACAGUCAUCAGAGCUGGAUGACAUCCUGAACGACCUGCAGAAUGCUCAGCCGCAGCUCUUCUGUGAGCCGCGGCCCGUCUCGCUGCCCAGUCCCAUGGACAAACAGAACAUCAUCAAUGACAUCCUGCAGAUGUCCGAGACCAAUCCGGCCGUGGCAGCGCAGCAGCAGCAGCAGCAGCAGCAACAACAACACCGGGGCAUCGGGACUGGCAUGGGCCCAACGAACUUUGCGGCUGUCCGACCAGGCCAGCCGGGCAGGGGUCUGCCUGUGAGGAGCGUGUCUCUGGACAUGAAUGUGUCCCCCCAGCAGCCCUCAUUACAGUACCCCAUAAGAGCCACCAGCCCGUACACUCUUAUACAGCAACAGCAGCAAGGAAUGGUGGGAAGUCACGGCAUGAUGGCUAACCAGGCCGGUAUGGUCAGCACAGGACUGAUGGCUCAAGGGGGUCCACGGCCAGGCAUGCAGCAGCAGGAGGGCUGGGUGGGUUCAGCCUCUGCGCCUCCUCUGGGAGCGUCCGGUCCUGGGCAGCAAGGCCCCAUGCAGGGCAGGAUGGGGCCGAACGGUGCUCCGAUGAGGCCCAACAGCCAGCCGGGGCCCCGACCAAUGCUCCAGUCCCCAAUGAUGGCCGGUGCCCAGUCUGAUAUGGAUAUUGGUAUGGUCAGCCACCAUUUCACCCAACAACAGGCUCCACCCAACCAGACAGCCCCCUGGCCAGACAGCAUGAUGCCCAUCGACCAGACUGCGUUUGUUAACCAGACCAGGCCGGUGCACUCUGCUCAACAGGAAGAACUGCUGUGUAGUACGGGACACGGUUCUGGUGAAGGCAGUGCGGUAGACGAGGGGGUCCUGAUGUCCCAGCUGUACACUGCACUAAAAGAUUUUGAUGGCCUGGAGGAGAUUGAUCGUGCUCUGGGGAUCCCUGCUCUGGUAGAACAAAAUCAAUCAAUGGAGCCGGAACAGUUCCCCCAGGACCCCUCCAUGAUGAUAGACCAAAAGCCCCCCAUGUACUCCCAGCAGUUUGGUCCCCCACCAUCCCACAUGGCCCAGAGGGGCUACCCCGGUGCCCCCAUGCAAGAGCCAGGCUUCCACCCCAUGUCUGGCCAGAUAGGUCCACGCCCAGGUUACCCCAUGAUGAGGAUGCAGGCCCGGCCCGGCCUAAGGCCCGCUGGGGUCGUACCCAACCAGCCCAACGCACUACGACUACAGCUCCAGCACCGGCUACAGUCACAGCAGAACCGUCAGCCAAUGAUGACUCAGAUGAGUAGUGUGUCAAAUGUGAACCUACCUCUUAGAGCCAGUGCUCCAAACCAGGGGACCAUCAAUGCUCAGAUGUUGGCACAGCGUCAGCGGGAGCUGCUGAGUAAUCACCUGCGACAGAGGCAGCAGCAGCAGCAACAGGCCCAGCAGGUUCAGCAGCAGAGGAGCAUGGCCAUGCGGGCCCAGGGUCUCAACAUGCCUCCCAACAUGGCCGCCGGCGGCAUGAGUAACCCCCGGAUCCCCCAGGCCAACCCCCAGCAGUUCCCCUACCCGCCCAGCUACGGUAUGAGCCAACAGGCAGACGGAGGCUUUGGAGGUCCCGGCGCUCCACAGAGCCCCCUGCUUUCUCCCCGCAUGGCCCACACACAGUCCCCGAUGAUGCAGCAGAGCCAAGGAAACGCUGCUUUCCAGGGCUCCCCUGACAUGAACGGCUGGCCACAGGGUAACAUAGGAGGCAACAGUAUGUUCUCACAGCAGCAGGCAUCCCCGCAGUUCACCCAGCAGAGUAACAGCAACAUGUACAACGGAAAUGGCAUGAGCCUCAACAAUGUCACCAUGGCCGGCAACAUGGCCCCAAGCAGCAUGGGCCAGAUGGCCGGACAGAUGAGUGUCACGUCCAUGGCCUCAGGGCCCUCACCCGGCCUGCCCUCCAUGGGCCAAGAACAGAAAUACUGUUGACCCUCAAGGAGUUCUAAGCCUGAACCUCACUGAUCAGCUGGAGCAAGGAGCGCGUCGGCCCUUUAAGAAAUUGUACAAACAUGUAACCAACCGACUGCCCCUUGAACCAGCCAGGCGGUGCCCUGACCUCGUCUCCCCAGCCCACGUUUGUCGUCUGUCCCAGCUGGGGCCUCUUUGGCUGCCCCCCACCCCCA